AUGGCUCGCUUCGGAGACGAGCUCGGUUCGGCGGCCCGCUACGGGCCCGGCGGCCCCGGGGCGGCGGCGGCGGCGGCGGCGGGGGGCCGGGGAGCCGGGGGGGGCCCUCGGCAGGGUCCCCCCCCCGGGGCUCAGCGGCUCUACAAGCAAUCCAUGGCCCAGCGCGCCCGCACCAUGGCCCUGUACAACCCCAUCCCGGUGCGCCAGAACUGCCUCACCGUCAACCGCUCGCUCUUCCUCUUCAGCGAGGACAACGUGGUGAGGAAAUACGCCAAAAAGAUCACCGAAUGGCCAUAUCCUUCGUUCCUGGGUGGGGGGCGCGACCCCCGAGCCGGGCACCCCGAGGUUCUCCCGGGAUGAGGGGGGGUCUGCUUGUGGUACCCCCCGCCAGCCGCCCCCGGGGAUGGGGAAUGGGGUUUUGGCACGGGGACCCCCGAGCGCGGCGCCCGGCGCUGAGCUGCGGGCGUUGUUGGGGUCACCGUGUCCUGCUUUGGGGAGCCCGGUCCCGUUUUGGGGUCACCGUGUCCUGCUUUGGGAGGUCCGGCUCCGUUUUGGGGUCCUCAGCCCCAUUUUGGGGUCUCCUUGUCCUGCACGAGCUCCUCAGCCCCGUUUUGGGGUCCCCAUCCCCAUUUUGGACUCCCCAGCCCCGUUUUGGGGUCACCGUGUCCUGCUUUGGGAGGUCCGGCUCCGUUUUGGGGUCCUCAGCCCCAUUUUGGGGUCUCCUUGUCCUGCACGAGCUCCUCAGCCCCGUUUUGGGGUCCCCAUCCCCAUUUUGGACUCCCCAGCCCCGUUUUGGGGUCACCGUGUCCUGCUUUGGGGUCCUCAGCCCCGUUUUGGGGUCACCGCCUCCUGCAUUGGGGUGCCCAGCCCCGUUUUGGGGUCCCAGCCCCAUUUUGGGGUCACCGUGUCCUGCACUGGGGGUCCGGCCCCGUUUUGGGGUCCCCAUCCCCAUUUUGGACUCCCCAGCCCCGUUUUGGGGUCACCGUGUCCUGCUUUGGACUCCCCAGCCCCGUUUUGGGGUCACCGUGUCCUGCUUUGGGGUCCCCAACCCCAUUUUGGGGUCACUCUGUCCUGCACGAGCUCCUCAGCCCCAUUUUGGAGUCCCCACCCCCAUUUUCGGGUCACUCUGUCCUGCACUGGUGUUCCCAGCCCCAUUUUGGGGUCCCCAUCCCCAUUUUGGAGUCCCCAGCCCCAUUUUGGGGUCCCCAGCCUCAUUUUGGGGUCUCCAUGUCCUGCAUGAGCUCCUUAGCCCUGUAUUGGGCUCCCCAUCCCCAUUUUGGGGUCCCCGUACCACAGCUCCAUCCCCUGGCCCGUUUUGGGGUUCCCUUGGCUCCUUUGGGGUUCCCCUGACCCGUUUUGGGGUCUCCCAAGCCCUGACCUCUCUGGGGGACCCCCUUUCCCUGCCCCAAACCGGGGUCCCCGUUCCGCUCGUGCGUCACCUCCCCAUGCCCGGAUCGGGGUCACUGGCCCUGCGUUGGCUCCCCGACCCCCUUUUGGGGUCCCUGACCCCCUUUUUGGGGUCCCCAGAUCCACACCGGAGUCCCCAACCCCACAUUGGGGCCCUCAACCCAUUUUUGGGGUCCACAAACCCAUCCUGAGGUCCCCAAUCCGCUUUUGGGGUCCCCAAUCCCUUUUUAGGGUC